AUGUCUGACGCGGACUCGGACUCCGAUUCCGUUUCCUCUAGGCGCAUUCCUUCCGACGAGAUCCUCGAGAAGGGCCUACGCGACACCGUCGCUGCUAUAUUUAAGAGGGGAAACCUAGACGAAUUGACUGUGAAGCGCGUCCGGUCCAGGACGGAGAAAGCGCUUGGUCUAGAGGAGGGAUUCUAUAAGAAUGACGAAGUUUGGAAGGCUAGGAGUGAUCAGAUAAUUAAGCGGGAAGCGGCAAAACAAGAAGAAUUGGCCGCUGAGCAAGAAGAAAAACCGACACCGGGAGGCCCCGGACGGGCACCUCUAAAACCUCAGGCACCAAAGCGUGCGUCGAUCAGCGCAUCGCAACCUGCUAGAAAGAGACGGCGAACUGCAACUCCGCCUGAAUCUGAAGAGGACCUGUCAUCACCACCAAGCGAAGGAAGUGAGGAAGAAGAGGAAAAAGCACCCAAAUCACGGAAGCGCGCACACCCAGCUAACAAGGCUUCUAAACCAGUGAAGCAAACUCCCAAGCCUAAACCAGCUCCAUCAAAGGCAGACACAUCAUCAGAACUUUCCGACGUGAUAGACGUAUCGGAGAAUCUUUCAGAAAGGACAUCAUUGAAGGGAGCCACCCAAAAAGAUGAACCCAGCGAGACCAAACAUGAUGAAUCAGAAAGUGAGAUGUCUGUAGUCAUCGACGACGAGCCACCACCGAAAACUAAACGACGCAAGUCAUCCGAGCCCUUGAAGCAAGGGAAAACCAAAAAGCCUUCGAAGCCAAGCACCGCCAGCAGCAGUAAACCAAAGGAUGCUGCUGAUGCUAAUCCAGACCUGGAGGAAAUCAAGAGGUUACAAGGCCAACUCGUCAAGUGCGGGAUUCGUAAGAUGUGGUUUCGCGAACUGGCCCCGUACGAUACGCCGCGGGAAAAGGUGAAGCACCUCCGCCAUAUGCUCAAGGAUGCAGGUAUGGAAGGGCGGUUUUCUCUUGAAAAGGCAAAGGCGAUCAGGGAGGCGAGGGAGCUGCAGGCAGAUCUUGAGGUUGUGCGUGAGGGCGCGAAGAGGUGGGGUACAAACGUUUCCGACGAGGAUGAAGCGGGAGAUGGCGGACGUCCGCGAAGGCGGGUUGCAAGGGGCUUUCAAUCUCUUAGUUUCCUUGGGGAUGAAGAUGGAGAGGAGACAGAUUGA